GUUUUGGCAUUAUAUCAUCCGUUAAUUAAGACACAAUACCAUUGCACAACACUCUGUUUUGGAAUGAUUGACCCACGUCCCACAAUGUGAUCGUUUGGGAGAUGCUCCUCUUUCAACCGGAUGAAUUUCUUCUCCAUUCUUGGAUUAAAGCACUCUUUGAUUCGUUCUUCAUAAAUUCACAAUUGAUAUUCGAAUUACUCUACACACUUCCAGUAUUUGAAAACUAUGGCAUCCAUCACAGUGACGACGGCAGCCGCCUCUUUCAGCAAACCUCCGAACUCCAGCGGCGCACCCCUCUUCAUGAAUGUUGCCUUCUUCCCAUUCUCGUAGAAGAAACAGACGGCUCCACCCAAGAAGUCCAAAUUAAACCUUCUCCUGCAAAGAAGAGCUUUGCAAGAGGUAUGGGCCUGAUAGAAGAAUCUUUCUGUCGGAGGGACUUUUGGUCAAAUCACAAAUCCCGGAGUAUUUGCGUGGUGAAGCUACUGGAGAUUAUGGUUAUGACCCUUUUCGCCUUAGCAAGAAACCUGAAGACUUUACCAGGCCAAGGAUCCAGACCAGACCGUCAUCUUGACAGUGAAGGAGAUCAAGAACAGGGGUGAGCCAUGUUCUCCAUGUUGGGACUUGGGAUUCUUCAUCCAUGACCGGGCAGGGACCUGUAGAGAACCUUGUGACCCACUUAGGUGACCCUUCCGCCAAUAAUCUGCUCAUUGUUAUGGAUGGAGUAGCGAACUCCUACCCUGCAAUUUUCUUUUUCUUUCCAGCACUCCCUCCCCCCCUCCAUUUGUACACCCACAUUUCGCAUGAUGGGCCAUGAAGGAAGGAAAGAAGCUGUGUUGGAGCUUGUGACUCUAAACAUCCAUAUUUCAUCAUUCUGCACCCUCAUAAAUUCAUGAAUUCAGCUUCCAUUUGAAUCAGAUGCGUACAUUGGGUUUUUUGCAGGCAAUUUAAAAAGAAUUUUACCAUUGUGCCCUCUUAGUUAACGGAGGUAGGCGGUCAAGUGUUUUAGGACUAAAGUUGGCAAAUAAUGAGACUUGGGGGUUUAUUAUGGUGAUAUAGAAAGAGUAGGACUGAAUUGGGUAUUGUUACAAUAGUCCGGGACUAUUUCUGACAUUUUCUCUCCAAAAUGGUAAACUUAGGGUUAGUAAAUAUUUUCUUUUACCAAAUUUGAAUGUAUCAUGAACCAAAAUUUUCCAAGUUCCAAUUCGAAGUAACGAACAUAAUCUGAGCAUUAAAUUAUUCGAACCCCAUGUGGGUCGCCUUCUUCCAACCCUACCAAAGCCUCUGAAAACUCCUAAUCGAGGCUAUUUGGUUUUAUAUUGAUAUAACACCAAAGAGAUGCACGAUUCUGAGUAGUUUUGGUAACGUUCAGCCAUAUGUUCUUCUUUCCUGUUGCAUUGAUAUGGUCAUUUCAUUCAUGAAUCCAGAGAAAAUCAUAAGGGUCUCUGGCAAUUGAGGUGUGUUGCAAUUCUUGAAUGCUGGGGAGUUUUCCCAGGAAUGCAUUAAUUGCAGUAGGAUAUACCCACACGAGGUUUCCUAUUCUUAUUUAUUUCGGUAAUGCGUGAAUUGGGUUGUGUGAAAGUUUUGAUCUUAGCUGUGGGAUUUAUCAGAUAUUUGUAUUUUUUGAGAUAUCUCUGGAGAUUGAAGAGUGUUAUGAUUAUUUCACAUCAUGAACUUGUGGGAUUGAACAAGUGGUUUUCUCUGGUUUUAGCUGCCUUUGGAUAGACAUGCUUAUACAUCUGUUCAAGAGGUGGCAUUGUGAAUUGACAGUGAGAUUUCUUGUGAUUGAUUAGAAUUUGAGUUUGUUGAUUGGGUGCUGGGUAAUUUAGAUGAGGAUACAAUUCUUGAGAUGCAUUUUUAAGGUGAGGACGUUUUAGCAUUUACCAUAGAAUUUAGUGAGGAUAUGUCGGGUGGAUCUCCAACUGUUGGAGGUGGAUAUGUGAGGCAGAGGCACAGUCAAGGGUAUUUUUCAAGUGGUGAUGAUCUUGAGGAUGAUGCUUGUUCUAGAAGUUUUACGGAGUCACCCCCAUUUCCUACUACACGGAGUUGGGUUGAGGUUGUAGAAAACUUUCUUUGGUUCUCCUCAGUUCUUUUCAUCAUCUAUUAUGGGGAUCGCCACUACAAUUUCAUUUACAUUCUAUGGCAUGAUAAUCGCAUCAGAAGAAUACCAUUGUAUGUGGGGAUGUUUGCCAUCGGCUUGAAUAUUCUCUUUUUCUUGUAUACUAGUACAUUAGCUUGGGGACUCAGAAAAUCAUCUGAGAAGUGGGAAAUUUCAAGCAUAGCUGCUUUGCCAUUUCUAACACUUAAUGGACUUCUAUCUUCCUGCUUGCUCACUUAUGCAUUGUGGCCUAUUUGGGGUUUCUUGACUCUCCCUCUUGUGUUCACUCUAUUUAUGGUUUCCAUGGUUAUACUCCCAAAUUUGGUACUUAGGACGUUUAAGCCUCAAGCAGACAUGUUCCGUACAGAUUAAACCAUUAUUUUGGGCUCAUUAGGACCUCAUUUCUGCAACCUAACUAAGUUCAUGAUGUUUCUCCCAUUGAUGAUAUUAUCUUCAGUCCUUCUGAGGUUGAAGUUGUCAUUUGACUGAGGAAAAAGGUGGCUACUGACUAGCUCCCUCCAUGGGUGCUUUGUAAAUAAGUUGUGUUUUAGACCUUCUAGCAGAUAUGUUGGUUCUUUUGGAAAUUUGUAUGACAUAUAAAAGCACAGAAAUCUGCCAUUUUCACUGGUCUCAUAUUAGCAGAGAUGAAAAGUAGAAAUGGCUAAAAGGAAGGAUGUAGUAGGAUAAAAGAUGUUUUGCUUUUCAUGAGCAUAUGUUUUUAAUGUACUACUGUUCUUUUGGUCUAAUUAUGAAAGGCACAUUACUAAUAUAUAGGUUUCUGUAGCCAGCUGCUUCUACAUUUUGUAUGGGGCAAAGAAUAGGAAAGCCAUGUUUUGUACGUAGUAUUUUGCAAAUGGUUUCAUUUUGUAUAAUACUUCAUCCUUUCAAAAAUAAAUGUAUGUUUGUUCAAUGAAUAAGGUUUUAAUUUUGAUA